ACAGCUCAAUCACUGAUAAUGGAUGUAGAGAUUGUAAGACAACUCAUGACUAUGAUCAAGUCUAAUACCAAUUUGAAAGGAAACGAAACUGAAAACAUGGAUACUACUAAAACAAGAAGAUAUGUAUACAUUUUUUUCAAUAACAGACUGCCAUACAGCCAAGAGUAUACAUAACAGUGCUUUAGCAGAUGACGAGACAGCCAAUGUUAAACAGACGCUCGAAAUAGACACAGACCAACAAAUGAAUAUCGAUGGGUAUCAUACUCUGACUGCCAGUUUAACCUCAGACCUCACAAAACCUGAAGAUAUGUACACAAAUUGUUCAACACCAAACAUUCCUACAACUGACGAAAACUUAAACAGAGCUUUGUUUGAUGACAGGGCGACAGAAGAACAGUUUUUCCAAGAAGAUAGAGAUAAAAGAGGCCUAUCUGAUGGAACCUGUAUUUCGCAAAAGUCAGAUGGAAACUCGUCGGAAUGUAGCAGCAGAGUUGUGUCACCGAGAACUAGUGAUAGUGAUAUGAAUUGGACAAUUGAAUCUCGAGACCAUGAUAUACUUCCAACUGUUCAUAGAGAAACCGACAAAAAGGGCAUGAGAUCAGGUGCAGUCUCCGUGGGUGUUGAAAAGACUAAGAAACUGGAAAAAUCACACUUGGUAAUAGAUGAUUCCGCUACAAUAAUGGGCUGCGGAAAGAAAAUCGAUUAUCCUGAACAGGAUUGCAUUUACCAAUGCAGGUUGUGUAAAAAAGUCCGAUAUCCAGAAAAAUCAAAAUUGAUAAAACACUUAAAAACUCAUCACCUGAAAUGUCGCUACGUAUGUUUAGGAUGCAAACGAGUGUUUAUUACAAAGGGGGCCCGACAUACAUGCUGGAAAGAUAUUAAGUUCGAGGCUUUUAAUAACAGAAGUAAACUCAGAGGCAAACAGGCCGAGGAGGAAGUCUACAAAUAUGAGAAUGAAAUGGCAGAAAAAGACAUAGAAGUGAUAUAUCGCAAAAGACAUAAAGUUAAAAAGUCAGAUGAAACCCUUAUUGCUACUAAAAAAGAUGAUGAACACAGAAAGUCGAAACGAAUGAGAAGAGAGAUGGAAACACAGAAUCAAUUAAAACCGGCUCCCACGAAUAAACUUAAUGAGUGUAACGGCUUAAAAAGAAAAUCAAAAUGUCUUAAAAAGAAUGACAGCCAGGAAGAAGAUACUUUUAUUGGUAACAAGAACAAAAGAAUAAGAGAACACGCAUUACUGGAACGCACCAAUGAAAUAAACCCAGAAACGGAACCUUCUCCUGAUCCUAAGGAAGAUACUAUGUCAGACAAUAGUGACGUAGAAAUGACACCUUUAUCAGUGAGUAUCAGUGAUGAACAACUAGUUCCAGAGGAGGAGCAAUCCAAGAUUUUAAAUGUAGCAGAUAAUGUAAAACUUGUUCAGAAACACCAAGAAGGGUAUAUCCAACUGAAUGUUGGCGGAACUGCCUUUCAAACUUCUAAAGUUACGCUUUUGAAUAGUGGCUAUUCAGUUUUAUCGGAAAUGAUGCAACAAAACUCACCGGUUCAAAUUCAAAAUAAAUGUAUAUUUAUUGAUAGAGAUCCUAAGCAUUUCAGGUUUAUCUUAAACUUCUUGAGAAAUAAAUGCGAAAUUCCACAAGAAAUAUAUCCAACAGAGAGGCUUGUCUUACAAGAACUCCUUCUCGAGGCUAAGUUCUAUAAUAUAGAAAAACUAAUAACAGAACUGAACAAAUUCUUGAAAGAUUAAACCAAUUUAAUUGGUUCUGUCUGUUUAGAUUUUAAUGAUUUUUUUUUCAUACAUGUAGAUGUACCUAUUUUCAGUCAUAUGGCCAAAUAACACGUAUAGGUCCGUGCGCUUAAUUUUUCAGAGUUCGCCAGAUAUCAAUUGAAGUCGUUAUAUUUUUGCCUGUUUUAUGCAUUUUUUUUUUUUUGCAUUAUCUUACAUCAAAUUCUAUCUAUUGUCACAUUUCACCUUAAAGAAGACAGUAGCAUUGACUGUUAAUACCAAAGACAUGAAAAAUGGUACUUCCUGUAGUUUAAAAUAUUACCCCUUUUUCUUUUUCUUUUUCUAUAGUAGCGAUGCAGUUCUUUAUACCCGGGGAAUAUAAGUAGAAGUACCUUUGCUAGAAAAUGUUGAAAACCCGUUAUAAAGUAAGUUGAUUUAAUAUGAAAGAAAGAACGGCCGAAUUUAGUGGUGUUCAGCCUUAAGAUGUGCACUGAAUUUAUAUAACUUAUUUUUCUUGUCAUUCAAAGCUAUCAACAAUGUUUAAGUUUGAUCAAUGUCAAACAAAACCUUUUUUACUGUCACAAUGUACUAAAUACUAUUUGCUAAUUAGCUUUUUAACGGAAUAAACAAGUGAAUAUUGUCCUUUGUAUAGACCUGGCACUCAUUAAUCCUCGCAAAUAUUUUGGGCGUUUUCGUUUUUUACGCGAUUUUGUAUUUUUGUUUCCUGAAACUGUCUGUAUUAUUAACUAAGGUAACCUGUGUAGUAACCAAAGACACAGUGCCGUAAAAGUAAGCUCUUUGACUUCCAUGCACGUUGCCGUUGGUUCGAAUCAUAUUCAGUUAAGGGGACGCAUACUUUGAAAUUAGAAAAAAGUGGGUGGGGUAUGAUAAAAUUUACCUGCAAAAAAGUACAAGGUUUUGGUACAUGAAAUGGAUACUGUUUCAACUGUUAUAAGUACACAAAGGAUUGCUCACUAAAAUAAAAAUGAGAAAACUGAAACAAGAAAGUUAUUGUUGAAUUACAUAAGACUUAUUGUGUACAUUCAAAGUCAACAAUUAAGACUUUUUGGUGCGAAAAUAAUAGUGCUACACCUUGUCCAAACAUUUAUCAAUGUCCUACAGAUUCUAAUUUAAAGAAAGAAUGUGAAAUAUGGUCACUGUCUUGCUUUUCAUUUCGCAUA